UAAAAUGGUAAUGGCGGAAAGUAGUUGGACAAUAACAAUAAGUAAAAAAGAAAACGCAAGGAAAGCGUUUAAUGUGUGUGCAUUUUUUCGAUUGUAAAAGUUACAUCGGAUAUCGUGUUUUGAUCGAACUGUUUUAUCAACAACAACGCAUUCAUCUCCAACCGCAUUUAAAUUUACAUUUGUGAUGAUUGUAUACUUUGUGUACUCUAGUUGUUAAAAAAAGCUUUCCGUAAAAGAAAAGUGACUGAAACCAAACUCUUCCAAAUCUUCGUUAUGCCUGAAACCAGCUCACAACUUAACAGAUAGCUAUGGCAAAUUUGAACUUUACUAGAAGUAUUGGAGGUAGCAGCCUCGGAAGACCGAGUGUGAGUUUCGGUAGUAACUCUAUGUCUGGGCAUGUUACUCCAGUGUUCGGCCAAAGACCACCAUCUGAAAGAAGAACUAUUCCUUCACUAGGAAAUAGCAACCAAAUGGGUAACAUGAACAGUCUUGGGGGUUAUAGUUCCUUUAAUUCAGUAUUUGGAUCGGGUGAUGCUAACACACCUUCUCUGUUGGACUUGAGUGAGUUUCCAUCCCUGACAAAUCGAAGUUCAGGAGAUGUUCCCCAGCCUAGUCCUAUGCCUGGAGGAAAACCGUAUGUUGGAAUGGUAAAGCAGCCAACGUCUGAGACUAGUGAAUUUACUAUGUCAAAUGAAGACUUUCCUGCACUGCCAGGUACCCAUAAUCAUGUUGAGGGCGCUUCACCAACAAGUGCUUCUACAGAUAAAAAUGGACAAGGUGUGAAUACCGAGAGCAAUUCAAGUUCUAGGGAUGGUGAUAAAAAUGGUUCCAAACAAGGAAUCCAGACAUCUCCAGAUGGUCGUGUCACCAAUAUACCUGCCAGCAUGGUUUCAGAUCAGUUUGGAAUAGUAGGUUUAUUAACUUUUAUUCGAGCUGCUGAAACUGACCCUAAUUUGGUGUCCCUUGCGCUUGGUCAAGAUUUAACAACUCUUGGUCUGAAUCUCAACUCUCCAGAUAACUUGUAUCCAUCUUUUGGAGGACCUUGGGCUGAACAUCCCUGUCGUCCUCAGGACAUUGAUUUUCAUGUACCCCCUGAGUACCUCAUUAAUCAUGCCAUCAGGGAUAAGCUUGCCGCAAUGAAGUUGAGUCGAUAUAAGGAUGAUCUCCUUUUUUUUAUGUUUUACAACAGUGUAGGCGAUGUACUUCAAAUUGCGGCAGCUUCGGAAUUGUAUAGUCGAGAGUGGAGGUAUCACAUGGAGGAGAAAGUGUGGAUAACACAAGUUCCUGGUAUGGUUCUUAUUGAAAAGACUUCAUCAUAUGAAAGAGGCACAUAUUAUUUCUUUGACAUCCAAAGUUGGAGAAAGGUGGCAAAGGAAUUUCAUUUGGAUUACAGCAAGCUUGAAGGUAGACCAGUCCUGAAUACAACGUGAGCUGUUUAGGCUGAUUCCAUGACCUCCCUAUUUUGGGAUCCCGCGUAUAAAUAAAUGAAAAAUGUAUACAUUAUAAUAAAACUUGUUAAUUUUUAAGCUUAAUUCUGGGCUGCAAAAUGGUUGAUUUCAAUCCAGCUAUUUUGCAUGUUCAGCUAAGUAUGAUGAAAAAACAUUAUAUCCAAAUUAGAUUCAAGUCAUUUUAUGGAUGUAUGGAUAUAAAAAAUUUUAUCCCUGAAAACAGGUUCUGAUGACAAAUAUUGUUACAGUUAUAAAUAGUUGACAUGAAUCCUUGUUUGUUUCUAAAAGUACAUUUGCCAAAAACAAAUAAGACAUGCAAUCUCCUUUGGAUAUAAAGUAAUUGGUUUUAAAAUUCAAAGAAAACAAAAUAAUGAAGGAUUAAAGUUGUA